AUGAGCCCCGGAAAAACCUGGCUCACCGGGUUUUUCCUUUUGGCGAUCGGCGGAAGUAUUGGCACAAUGGGACAAAGUGAUCAAGAGGUUUAUGACGUCAUCGUGAUUGGCGCUGGUUUAGCCGGACUUUCAGCCGCAAAUCGAAUCCUUGAUCAAAACCCUUCCACAAGUCUUUUGGUGCUAGAGGCGAGGAAUGUGAGCGGUGGCCGGGUGAUGUCACAUCGAAUGAACACUCCCGAAGGGCCGAAAUCGAUCGAUAUUGGAUCUCAAUUCGUUUCCUUGAAGCACCGUGGGAUCCUCGAUUUGGCUUUACAGUUUGGAUUGACCGUGGAGGAACAGCCACUCUGCGGCGAGAGAACAGUGAUCCAAGGCACUCCACAGUCAACAGUCACUUCAGCGUUUCGCAGAAGGAAACGCUCCUACACAUGGACAUCAAACCUCGGUGGAUCGCCGACAAUCGACACCGUUCUCGCCUCAAGUGAUCUUGAUCUUUUGGCGUCUCAAUCAUGCGCGAAAUUCAUUCAAACAAAUAAUUUGGAUAAAUCUGAUGGUGAUGGAAUGAAGAGAUUGUUACAGACUUUCUAUGAUGCACCUGACACCGCCGUUUCACCACUUCAACUUCUGCUCACUGCGAGUAGUGAAGAUGGUACGGUUGACGAUGUGCUGGCAGAGAUGGGACACGGAGCUGGGCUAAGAGUCAAAGAAGGCUUAGCCGCUUUGAUUGAUAAACUCUCCACACGAAAUGGUCUACAGACUCUCUACAAUAGUCCCGUGACAGCAAUCACUCAAGUGAACCCUUCUCUUCAAUCAGUGACAGUAAACGGGAAAGAAUUGAUGGCGAGACAGGUAAUCAUCGCCGUCCCUCCAGCAGUCGCCUCAAACAUCGACUUGUCUCCAGUAUUGCCUGAGAAGAUGACCAAUUUUUUGCGUAACUAUCGACCCCGUGGAUUCGCUACGUAUUUCGCAAUGACGUACGCAAAACCGUUUUGGCGCGAGAAUGGGAACAGUGGACAG